AGAAGCUGCGUGGGUCGUUCAGCUUGCUCACGCCAUUGUUGUUAAUGUGAAUAAGACAGACAAAGGAUUCCCCACGCUGUGGACCCCUUACAUCUUUGUCGGCUCAGCAAAGCCAUGAUCACACCCUGAUGGAAUGCUAUUGAAAUGAGCCAUAUCAAGGAGCACAGCAGGCGUUAACUGAGCUGGCACACAAGUCAGUAACAAAGGCAAGAAGGAUACAGAAUAGCAAACUGAGGCAACGUCCAAAAUUCUUGUCAUUUUUGGUCCUGUUUUCUCUGGUCCUUUUCCGAAGAGUGGCCACUGCUGAUUAGGUUUCAGAUCCUUCUGUGAAGGUUUGGCAUGGACAUUGCUGUUGCUUAUUUGUUGAAGGGGUUGCUGUGGAUACGAACGGCAGGGAGGCUGCACUGAAGCCAGAAGCAGGAGUGAACAAGCCGCCUGCUGCAGAGUGCGCCGCUAUUGGAGCAGAUGCGGCUGAAUGCAGGCUAAGCAAACAUGAGAUUCAUGCCACGCUCUCCGUGAGGCUCCAUCCAGUGCAGGAAAGACCAAGCCCCUUGUUGCUCUUCCCCGUCCAUGUUGUCAGUCUUUACUCGGACUUUAAUGCAGGAGUUGAUGGAAGCAGGAGGUGUUGCAGACCAGCUUACCAAGAUGUGUUGGCAUCGCAGGUCAUGUGAUUCCUUAUGAGAGCUGAAUGGAAUGGUGGAGGGUCUGGCUGACCCUGGAGCAUCAUUUUCCUGCCUGUGACUGUGUGAAUAGUGACGCUUGAAUGAUAAAAAGCAAUGCGGGCAACAGUAAUCCUGGUUCAGGUAAACCCGGGUGAGGCCUUCACUAUUCGACGAGAGGAUGGUCAGUUUCAAUGUAUCACAGGUCCUGCUCAGGUUCCCAUGAUGUCUCCAAAUGGUUCAGUGCCUCCAAUCUAUGUGCCUCCUGGAUACGUUUCACAGAUCAUAGAAGAGAACGGAGUGCGGCGGGUUCUGGUUUUACCUCAGCAACCAGAUUUCCACCCAGGGGGACAUUCCCCGCUGCAUCAUCCUCCACCUCCUCCCCAUGCACACAUGCCUGCCUUCAUCCCACACCCCGCCAUGAUGCCCCCUCCUCCUCACCUGUACACAAGCAUGGCAGGAGGUGUGGGUGACUUGAGCUCCCAGUACAUCUCCCAAUAUCAUCCUGCCCAUAUUUUCUCAGAGCAGGUCUCUGCAGAUUCUCACCCCCAACACGGACGCCCAACGUUUGUCCACAGAGACGACCGAACUACCAAAACACACGAACGUCUCCAGAAGAAACUCAAGGAGCGUCAGGGAGGUGGUGGUGGUGGAGGAGGAGGAGGAGGAGGCCAGGUGAAGGACAGUCCUCCAUCCUCCCCGCAAAAGUCCUGCAACAGCCCCCCAGCAGUGGACAUUCACAACGGCAUUGGUGGGAAAGGACUGGAAGCAGAGCACAGGCAUCCGGUGACCUGUCCAGACAAGCAGAUCAGCAAGGGAAAAAACGGGGAGUCAAGAGUGCUUGACAAAGAGGCUCAGGCCCUGAUCGCAUUUCUGAGUACCAUCAGUAAACCCGUGGUGUCAGACAUCCAAGCAAGAGGAGCUGAAGUCAGCUGGGUUGCCCCUGCCAGGCCUGAGAAUGAGAAUGGCAGCGUGGAAGAUGACUCCAGCUCUCCACAGCCCCUCAGCUAUGACAUUUCUGUCUCAGUUGAGGGGAAAGAUGGGAAAUACCAGACUAUGUAUUGUGGGGAGGAACUAAGUGCGACUUUAAAAGGUCUACGACCGGCGACCGAUCAUCACGUCAGGGUCCAGGCCAUGUCCAACUCUAUAGUGGGAAGCCCAUCAGAACCUGUGAGCUUUACGACUCUAAGCUGUGAGCCAGACCCCCCCAAUCCUCCAAAGAAGGCCAGUGGGACCAAGAAUGCCCUUGUUCUCCAGUGGAAGGCUUCGUGUGACAAUGGCUCCAAAAUUCUGAACUACAUUCUUCAAUGGGAUGAGGGGAAAGGCACAGGCAUUUUUGAAAAGUGCUAUAGUGGACCUCAGAAGCAGUACAGAGUGACCAAGCUUACUCCAGCUACAAGAUACUCGUUUCGCCUCGCAGCAGAAAAUGACAUGGGUGUAAGUGAGUUCAGUGAAGUGGUGGACCUGUUCACCUCAUGCAGUGUGCCAUUGCCACCCUUCCCUCCAGAACUGGAGACGGCGGGAGUGACCUGGUUGUGUGUGAAGUGGCAGAGGCCCAGCAGUUCUCCAAAGGAGGAUGACAUUUCCUACAUUUUGGAGAUGGAGGAGGAAGGCUCGGGAUACGGCUUCCAGCGGAGCUACGACGGUGAAGAGCUUUCCCACACCAUCAGGAAUCUCCACAGGAGCACCAAGUACAAGUUUAGGGUGGCAGCAUACAAUUCAGAAGGAAAGAGUAAUCCCAGUCAGGUGGUUGAGUUCAUCACGAAGCCAGACAGACCCAGCAGUCCCUGCAGGCCUGUCAUCAAAGGAAGAGUCUUGCCUAACAGCUUCAAAAUGGCCUGGGAGCCACCAAAAGAGGACGGUGGGUCAGAAGUCACAAAAUAUGUCGUGGAGCUGUCUGAGGGUUUAAGUGGUUCAUUUUGGGGGCUGGUGUACUCCGGGCCAGCCCUGGAACAUGUAUGUGACGGUCUGAAGCCUGGCUGCUCCUACCAAACAAGAGUUUACUGCAUGAGUGAGGGGGGGCAGAGCCCGAUGUCGGAGACUCUGCAAGUCCAGACGCUAGCGGUGCCCCCGGGGCCUUGCCAGCCCCCUCGAUUGGUGGGCAAACCUAAAUCCAGGGAGGUCCAACUGCGCUGGGUCCCACCUCAGGUAGACGGAGGAAGUCCAGUGUCCUGCUACAGCGUGGAAGUGAGCGGGCAGCAGGCUGAGGUGAGCCGGGAGGUUUACCAGGGUCCAGAGCUGGACUGCUCUGUGGGGGCCUUAAUGCCUGGCAAAACCUACAGCUUCCGGGUCAAGGCGGCAAACAAGGCUGGGUUCGGACCGCUAUCGGAGCGAUGUGAAAUCACAACUGCCCCUGGAGCCCCAGAACAGUGUAAGGCUCCUUCAACCACAUCCAAAUCUCCUACCUGUGUGGUUGUAAGCUGGGAGGCCCCUCCCUGUAACGGAGCUCCAGUGACAGAGUUUCGUUUGGAGUGGGGUGCAGCUGAAGGCACCAUGCAAGUGUGCUACAGCGGGUCAGCGCUCAGCCACGAAAUGAGGGGUCUGCUCCCUGCAACCAACUACUUCUGCCGAGUGCAGGCGGCAAACCUGGCCGGCGUGGGACCCUUCAGCGAGGCGGUGCUGUGUCAGACGCCCUGCUCCGUGCCCGCCGCCGUCAGCAACAUCUACCAGCUGAAAGAGUCCGAACUGCAGAAGUAUGAAACCACAGCCGACAAAGACGAGGAAGAUGAAGAGGGCGUCGUCUCACGCCCCUCGCCGGUCUUCUCUCCCUCCACCUGCCUCGGCAUCGGCUGGGAUUCUCCGUGCGAUCACGGUUCGGAGAUCACCUCUUACCUGAUCGACCUCGGAGAGAAGCAGCCAGUCGUGGUCGGUCGCGUCAACAAACACGUCAUCCAGCAUCUGCAGCCGGACACCAGCUACAGGAUCCGAAUUCAAGCCCAGAAUAGCCUGGGAACCGGGCCCUUCAGUCACACCUUUAAGCUGAAGACCAAGCCGCUGCCUCCGCAGCCGCCGCGGCUGGAGUGCACCGCCUUCAGUCAUCAGACCCUCAGGCUCAAAUGGGGCGACGGCCCGACCAAGGCCGCUUCCUCGGAGGCGCUCCAGUAUCAGCUGCAGAUGGGGGACAAAAACGGCAGAUUUAUACCCCUGUAUAAAGGACCAUGCCACACACACAAAGUCCAGAGGCUUAAUGAGUCUACCUCUUACACGUUCCGCAUCCAGGCCUUUAAUGAGGCGGGCGAAGGGCCCUUCUCCAAUGUUUACACAUUCACCACCCCACGCUCUCCUCCAGCUCCUGUGAAAGCUCCUAAAGUGGAGCGUCUCGAUGACAACUCCUGUGAAGUCACAUGGGAAGCUCUGCCCCCCAUGAAGGGAGAUCCUGUUAUCUACACCUUGCAGAGCAUGAUAGGAAACUCCGAGUUCAAACAGAUCUACAAAGGCUCCGCCACGUCCUUCCAUGCUCAGAACCUGCAGACCAGCAGCGACCACCGUUUCCGUGUGUGCGCGAUCCGGCAGUGCCAGGACGCCACGGAACUGAGCGGCCCCUACAGCCCCACGGUGACCCUCUCCCUUCAGCGGAGCGACGCCGCCGCCACGGGCGGCAGCUCCGCGGGCUCAGGGCUCAGAACCAGCGCGGAGUCCGCCCGGACCAGACAGAGUCUGACAGACGAGCAGUGUGCUUUCCUCCUCCUCAUGGUCUUCGCCGUCAUCGCCAUCCUCAUCGCUUUCGUCAUCCAGUACUUUGUCAUCAAAUGAGCAGCGCCGCGCCGCCCAGCUGCAGGGUUAUAGCUUUAUUCUUCCCCCCAUCUCUCUGUUGUUUUGUAUUCUUUGUUUCGUACUGUGACUGUUUCCCGGUUCCAACAGAGUAAUUGCAUUAGCUGUUAUGGGGUGCAGCAGGAGGAACGUGGCGGCGUGGGGGUGGAGUGAGCGCUGAACAGCGCUCAUCAACCUCUGUUUGCACCUGGUAUACCUUCCUGGCCUUCGUCACCCACGUCUGCGGCGUCCGUUCAGUUCAAAUUCCUACAUAUUGGCAAAGGGAAAAAAAAAUAGCAUAAUCAUGAUAAAAGGGCCCUGGCGAGGGGGCAGAGGGGGGAGACCGGUGCAUAUAUCAAAUGUAUAGAAAUUGUUAUUUAUAUUUCCAUGUCUCGUUCUGAACCGUUUUGAUCGAUGUUCCAGAAAAAAAGCGUCUGUGGGUGCGUCGUUUUGCCUGUAUUUGAUCGUGGGACCUGUCGGGCCAGUGUGUUUUUCCACGGUGAGGCCAGAUCUGUAAAAACCUGCAUGUUGUUGUUGUUGCCAUGGCGGCACACAGCCAGAAAGCGUCAGGGCCAGUUGAAGGGGCUAUAUUUCCUGUCCACCCCCCACCCCCACCACCACCACAAAACAAAGAAGAGUUUCAGAGUCCAGAGAGAGAGAGAGAGAGAAGUCGUUCACGGUUUCAAAUGUUCAUUUCGCACUUUCCGACCUCUUUUGAUGCUCAGAAUGUUUAAGGAUGCAAAAAUGACUGGAGAAAUGUUAGUAUAUUUUUGUACAGCGAGGAGACGAGGAUCUGUGGGUUUGAGGAGGGAAAAAAAAAAAAAAAAAGCUCAGUAUAAAGUUAGAAAACAAAAGAAACAGCAAGUUCUACUUAUUUUUACUAUCAUAGUUCUACUGUAGCUUGUUUUUACAAUCAUACCGCUGCUUAACUCUGAAAUAUUGUUGUUCAGCACAAAAAAAUGUAUCCUUUCUCGUACGUUCUGUUCAAUUUUGUCCUCCCCCAGUAAUUGAUUUUGUUGGGGUUUUUUUUGCACCUUAGUGGAAGAAAACUUUGACUGACUGCAUUUUGGUCUUGUGAUGCAUUUUAUAGAACACACUUUGAGAUUGUGCAAGCCCUACUUGUGUUUUGGGUGUUUUAAAAGUUGUAGUAUCACAUUACACGUCACUGAAACAGCGAGAAAAAAAAAAAAAAAAAAAAGAGGAGAAAAAAAUAAGUUCCAGUUGUUUCAGAGGCCUUAAUUGGAGAGCGAAAAAAAAUCUUGGGAGUAUUUUCUUUUUUUUAUUUUUUAUUUCCAUUUAUGUUCCGAUGUAUUUUCUUUUAGGCUUAGAAAACGCUAAAAUGUGUUUUAUUUCCUCUUUUGCAGCAUUUAUUUGGUGUUAUGUAAUCAUGAGAGAAAUGGAAAGUAGUUCUAAAUAUUAAGAUUUAUUUUGGUUUCCGCUGUCAAGUCAUACAUGUGUGAAGUAUAUUUUUUUAUGAUAUUGAAGUAAUAUAAGUUAAUACUCUCCAGAGAAGACAAUAAAUCCUGAGUAAUCGUGGAACGCAAAUGGCAGAUACAAAAAUGUAUUAUCAAGUACUUCCUGUGAAACAAAAAGAAAUUUGCCUUUUUCUGUGUGUUUAUGUAUUUGUAAAAGAUUGCAAACACCGAGUCAUUCGGUGGUGAUCUGCCUGUAAGGUCUGGUGUUGUUUUUGGUUCCCAGCUGUCCAAACCAGGCGCCGGUACCCUGCAAAACGUCGGCAAGAAUUACAUGGAUUUGGUCCCUCAGACAUUCUGCAAAUGUCCCCUGGUCAUUGAAAGAAAAUCGAAUUCCUAUUUUUGAUAGCGAUCGAAACGUGUGCCAUUUUAACGCCUCUUCACCGCGGGCUUUACCCAAAGUCUUUAGGCUGCAGAGAUUAUCAGAAAUGCUACAAAAAACAUGCACAAAAAAUUAAGACCAUUUUUAUGUAAUUUUAAUGUUUGCAGUUACCUCAUACACCGUACAUUCCAAAAAGAAAAAUUUGUUAUACAUACUUCCAGACAUAUCACUUUACAAUGUUCGUUAUGGGGAAAAUGUAUAAUCAUAGAUAUGUAUCUAAAGUGUAUCUGUAUAGCCAUGAUAUCUACAAAGGAUCCAUGCACAAUAAAAGAUUUAUAAUUCCUCA